UGGUAAGGAUUUACGAUUUAUCAUCACUCAUCAGUUACAAUAAUGGCGCGAGUCGAAACGUACGUCUUCUUAGAUUUAGAGACGACUGGGCUGCCAAAAUACGAGUUGAAUAAGAGUAGGAUUACUGAACUGAGUAUGGUGGCAGUUAGCCGGGAUCAUGUGGUUGAAACGAGGCCUGGUGCUUUGCCGCGAGUGAUUAGUAAGUUUACAAAGUGCUUCAACCCCCAGCGAAUGAUCUAUCCCAUCGGUGCCGAAUUCACAGGGCUGUGCAACGACCUGCUAGAGAAUGAAACUGCAUUCAACAAAAAUGUGUUCAACACUAUCAAUAAUUAUUUGGAACUUUUCCGAAAACCAAUAUGUUUAAUAGCUGAAAAUGGUCACAACUGUGAUUUUCCUAUUCUAAAGAACCAUUUUGUGAAAUUAAAUUGCACUUUACCUGAUGAUGUCCUAUGUGCAGACAGUCUUUAUGCAUUUUACGACAUACUGAAAAUACAUGAAUCUGUGAAUAGACAAAUUUCUGAUAGAAAAGUAUUAAUAAGAUCAUGUAAUGAGGCGUCUAUCUCGGGUCUGGCCAUUGAUAAGACUCAGAAUCAUCUUGAUGAUCUAGCAGGACUAACACAAGAGUUUCUUGAUGAUGAAUUGAAGAUUCCAUGUUCUAUGCAAGAGCAGAAUGAAAAAACACCACAAAAAAAGAAAAUUACCAAGCUGCAAGAAAGAAAAAGAAAAGUUACAAGAAGAUGUUUUUUUGGUGACGAUGAAAAGCCAGAGAAGAGGUACAAGCUUCACUGUAUUUAUGAAAGAGUUCUGCGUCGGCCUGCACCCACCGCUCACAGAGCAGAGAACGACAGUGUCAUGACCAUGGAAAUAGCGAUUGCCUUAGGCCAGAGAUUUGUGGACUGGGUCGAUGAUAAUCAUACUCCAUUUGCUGAUGUCAAGCCUAUGAGAUGUGGUGUACCACUGGAAGAAUAAUUUAUAAGUAAUUGUUGUUCAGAUUGCUC